CCACGCCUUUUUCUUCCGCUUGCACCUUGGUCGCCAUUUUAUGUUGAAGGUUGUAGAACCUCCGAGUCUCGUCGACUCUAUGGUCGAGCAUUUCGGGGUUCGACCAAUCCCAACCCCGAUCUGGGAAAAAGAACCCGCCUUUAUCCGCAAGGAGGCGGGAAUUGCCACGAAGCUCCUGUGGAGAGAGAGGAAGACGCUGAAAAAGGCCAAUAAGCAAGAAGGAUUUGAUGACGUUAGCCAAUUGGAACGCGGGAAGAUUGAAAAAUGCAGACCACCAAGGCACUGCUCGUUUCUCCAGUUCUGAUCCGCUCCUGUACCAGGGGUCUAAUCAGGCCUGUGUCUGCUUCCCUCUUGAGUAGGCCAGAGGCCCCAUCUAAACAGCCUUCCUGCAGCAGCUCCCCUCUCCAGGUGGCCAGACGGGAAUUCCAGACCAGUGUUGUUUCCCGGGAUAUUGACACAGCCGCCAAGUUCAUUGGCGCUGGGGCUGCCACGGUUGGUGUGGCUGGAUCAGGGGCUGGCAUUGGAACAGUGUUUGGUAGCUUGAUUAUUGGCUAUGCCAGGAACCCGUCUCUCAAGCAACAGCUCUUCUCCUAUGCCAUUCUGGGCUUUGCCCUGUCUGAGGCCAUGGGGCUCUUCUGUUUGAUGGUCGCCUUCCUCAUCCUCUUCGCCAUGUGAGGCUCCGUGGGGUCACCCAGCCGUCCCUGCUGCUUCGACUCCAUGCCGGUCCUGGUGCUGGAGUGUGCUAAGCUUUACCAUUAAACAACGUUUCUCUAAA